AUGUUCGUGAAGCCGGAGAGCCUGGAGCUGAAGGAGGAGGCGGAGGCGCUCCUGCUGGCCGCCCGGCCCUCGCCCUCCUCGUCGUCGUCCUCCUCCUCUCUCGCGCCCUUCUCCUCCGGCUCCGAGGGGGAGGACGACGAGGAGGAGGAAGCCGCGUCCCGGCCCCUGUCGCCUGCGGCGGGCGAGGCGUCCGGAGGAGGCGGCCACCAGCCGCCCCUGCCCCCUCUGGGCUUCGGCCGGCACGGCUGCAAGCGGCGGCCCGGCAGGGCGCGGAGCGGCUCCCGGGCCGCCAAGACGGCGGAGACGGUGCAGCGGCUGAAGAAGAGCCGGCGCCUGAAGGCCAACAACCGCGAGCGCAACCGCAUGCACAACCUGAACGCGGCGCUGGACGCCCUGCGCGAGGUGCUGCCCACCUUCCCCGAGGACGCCAAGCUGACCAAGAUCGAGACGCUGCGCUUCGCCCACAACUACAUCUGGGCGCUCACCGAAACGCUCCGCCUGGCCGACCACGGCGUCUUCGCCGAGGCCGACUGCAGCCCCUCGCCCGCCACCUCCUGGAGCUGCUCCGCCAGCCCGGCCCCCUCGGCCGCCUCUUCCGCCUACAGCUGCACUUUGUCGCCCUCCAGCCCCGGCAGCUCCGCCUCGGAGCUGGACUACUGGCCGCCGGACCAGCCGCGCUUCGCGCUCUCCAGGGAUUUGAUCUGA